GUUUUUAUUUGAAAAGUGCGAUUGAAAUUGGCCUUUUGUUGCUGCUGCUCACGAAGAAGAGAAAAGAAUAAAAUGGAAGAAUUAAAGCAGCUUGAACAAGUCCAAAAUAUCAUUCAUUCCAUUUCCAUCCCCAAUGAUUCUUCUAACCUUUUCAUUGCUAAUUUCAUCCGUUUCAUGAUGCAACCAUGUGAUGAACUAGAUAUAAAGCAAAAGUGCAAAUUGAUCUCUGAGCAUUUUCCAAAGAUUUCUGCUGCUUUUCAUGAGGAAGCACCGAACCAGCUUCAUGACAAAGACAAUGUUGCCAUUGAAGAUCCUCUAUCAAGUCAUUGUGAUGAUGACAAGAGUGCUGGUUUAGUGCAAACUGAUUGUGAAGUGGCAAUGGUUACACUUGAUUCAAUGCAACGGGCAAAUUCUACUAUAGAAGAUUUUUGCAGAUCUUACUUCAUGUUUCAUGAAAUGGAUGUCAACAGUACAGAAUCUAUAUUUAAAUACCUACCACUUCUUUGCUUUGUUGAGAGUUACAUUUAUCAGUUGGACACCAUAAAUGAAAAUCUACUGCGAUCUCCAUUAGGUGGAAUUCCAGAUUUUACGUUCAGACCACUUGCUCUUCUUCUAGAGCGUCAUGGUUUAUAUACUGAUAGAAUAAGAGAUGAGCUAAAAUGUGGGGUUGAUUACUGGGCUCUAGAAAGAAAACUCUGUCGUGCAUUAACAAAUAAACAAGAGAUUGAAGUCGAAGAAGUUAUGAAAGCAAUUCAUUUGAAAUCCUUUGACUACCGGGUGCUAAAUCUACUUUUGUAUCAGUUGAAUGGCAAAGAGAUCAAUGAAACACAUAUGGAAUUUUUAUCAGUAUCAGAGUUCCUUGUGGAAGUAUCUGACGACCUGUUUGACUAUGAGGAUGAUGUGUUGGAAAACAGCUUUAAUAUCCUGCGCAUGUUUGUUAGAAUAUAUGGAGUUUCUGCUGCACCAUCUUUGCUUGCAAAAUCAAUAACAGAGGCUGAGGAGAAGUACAAUUGCUUACUAAGGGGUUUGGAUCAUAAAUUAUCCGUCAAAUAUCAGAAAAGAUGUGAAGAAGCCACAAUACAAGGUGGAAAGGUAUCAGGUCCUCCUCUUGGGACAUGGAGUAUACCACCAAUUAUCGAAGAUGAAGAUUUAUAUAGAUAUGAGAUAUUGAACUCUAGGACACCAUAUAAUUGAUUUUUUUUUUUUUUUUUAUAAUUCAGUGCUUUAUAUAUACCCAAGAACAAAACAUUUAUUUUUUGUUAAUGCCUUUUCUGGUGUAAUGCUUUGAAAGAUCUACAAUUCUAAACGAUGGAUAUAUGGCAGCUGGUUAUUUGAAUGUGAA